CCGGGAGCCCCGGCCCAGAGCUGCGGGGGGGCCCAGGGGCCCGACCCCUGCAGUCAGCCUGGUCCCUGCCCGGGACCCCCCACAGCCUGAAGCAUUUCCCGGUGGAUCUGCGCACUUCCAUGGAUGGCAAAUACAAGGAGAUCGCUGAGGAGCUGUUCUGCCGCUCGCUGGCAGAGAACGAGAUGCGCACGGCUCCGUACGAGUUCCCCGAGGAGAGCCCCAUCGAGCAGCUGGAGGAGCGGCGCCAGCGCCUGGAGCGCCAGAUCAGCCAGGACGUCAAGCUCUUCAAGGAGCAGAACGACAGCCUGGUGGAUCACGUCCCCAAGGAGCGGGAGGCGCUGUUGGAGCGAGAAUUCCAGCGGGUGACCAUCUCCGGGGAGGAGAAAUGUGGGGUGCCCUUCACCGACCUGCUGGACGCGGCCAAGAGCGUGGUGAAGGCGCUGUUUGUGCGGGAGAAGUACAUGGGGCUGUCCCUGCAGAGCUUCUGCAAGACCACGGCCCGCUACCUGCAGGAGCUCUCCGAGAAGCCCCUGGAGACCCACGGCUACGAGGAGGUGCCCGAGACCCCCGUGGCUGCUGAUGCCCCCGUGCACCCCCCGUUUGCCGACCAGCACCCCUAUGAGAUGUGGGACCCCAAGAACAUGCCGGCGGACCUGGGCUUCGGGCUGAAGAUGGUGGAUGGUGUCGUGCACGUCUACACCAAGCAGGACAUCACUGACAAGAGCACAGAGCUGGACCUGCCAUACCCCGACCUGCAGGAGUUUAUCGCCGACAUGAAUUUCCUCAUGGCUUUGAUCAUCAAUGGGCCCAUCAAAUCCUUCUGCUACCGCCGGCUGCAGUACCUGAGCAACAAGUUCCAGAUGCACGUGCUGCUCAACGAGAUGAAGGAGUUGGCAGCCCAGAAGAAGGUGCCUCACCGCGACUUCUACAACAUCCGCAAGGUGGACACCCACAUCCACGCCUCGUCCUGCAUGAACCAGAAGCAUCUCUUGCGCUUCAUCAAGCGGGCAAUGAAGAAGCACCUGGAUGAAAUUGUCCACGUGGAGAAGGGGAAGGAGCAGACGCUCAAGGAGGUGUUUGAGACCAUGAACCUCACAGCCUACGACCUGAGCGUGGACACGCUGGAUGUCCAUGCGGACCGCAACACCUUCCACCGCUUUGACAAGUUCAAUGCCAAGUACAACCCCAUCGGGGAGUCCAUCCUGCGGGAGAUCUUCAUCAAGACGGACAACCGCGUCUCGGGGAAGUACUUUGCCCACAUCAUCAAGGAGGUGAUGGCAGACCUGGAGGAGAGCAAGUACCAGAACGCGGAGCUGCGCCUCUCCAUCUACGGCCGCUCCCGGGACGAGUGGGACAAGCUGGCGCGCUGGGCCGUCAGCCACCGCGUCCACUCCAACAACGUCCGCUGGCUCGUGCAGGUGCCCCGGCUCUUUGACAUCUACCGGACGAAGAAGCAGUUGGCCAACUUCCAGGAGAUGCUGGAGAAUAUCUUCCUGCCGCUCUACGAGGCCACGAUCCACCCUGCCCAGCACCCAGAGCUGCACCUCUUCCUGGAGCAUGUGGAUGGCUUUGACAGCGUGGAUGAUGAAUCUAAACCAGAGCACCACAUCUUCAACCUGGAUAGCCCUUUGCCAGGCAACUGGGUGGAGGAGGACAACCCACCCUACUCCUACUACCUGUACUACAUGUAUGCCAACAUGACAGUGCUCAACCACCUCCGGCGGAAGAGGGGCUUCCACACCUUCGUCCUGCGCCCCCACUGUGGCGAGGCCGGUCCCAUCCACCACCUCGUGUCAGGGUUCAUGGUCUCGGAGAACAUCUCCCACGGCUUGUUGCUGCGCAAGGCCCCUGUGCUGCAGUACCUGUACUACCUGGCACAGAUCGGCAUUGCCAUGUCCCCGCUGAGCAACAACAGCCUCUUCCUGAGCUACCACCGCAACCCCCUGCCCGAGUACCUCUCACGGGGGCUCAUGGUCUCCCUCUCCACUGAUGAUCCCCUCCAGUUCCACUUCACCAAGGAGCCGCUGAUGGAGGAAUACAGCAUCGCCACCCAGGUGUGGAAGCUCAGCUCCUGCGACAUGUGCGAGCUGGCCCGGAACAGCGUCCUUAUGAGCGGCUUCUCCCACAAGGUGAAGAGCUACUGGCUGGGUCCCAACUACCUGAAGGAGGGUCCGGAGGGGAACGACAUCCGCCGGACCAACGUUCCCGACAUCCGCGUGAGCUAUCGCUUCGAGACGCUGUGCCAGGAGCUGACGCUCAUCACACAGGCGGUGCAGAGCGCUGAGCUGGAGCCCAUUCAGGAGGAGGACCUGCUCACCAUCUCCCUCGGCACCCACUGACCCCCCAGAUCCCCCCUGAGCCCCCCAGGGCUCCGCCGCCGUCCCCCGUCCCGCUACCUCCUGUCCUGGUGCCGCUGCAGGGGAUGGAGUUUGUUGAGUCCUCUCUGUUUCAUCUUGUUUGCAUCGUUUUAUGGGUGGUUUCUUUGUCUUUUUCUGUUGUUUUUUAACUGGUGUCUCCUUGCUGGACCUGAUGGCACGAGGAGGUGACACAAGGGAGGGCACAGCCACAAGGUCCUGGAUUUACCUCCCAAGCUGAGGAUGCAGUGGCACGUCGGGGGUGCUGGGUGCUGUGUGGUGACAGUGUUGGGAGUCCCUGCCCAGCCCCACCUGGGUCCUGACACUCUUUAACCCCAGUCCCCUCUCAGCCUGCUCUUCCAUCCCGUGGGGACAACCAAAGGAACCCAGACCUGAGGUCUCUGCUGUCGGUGGGGACACAGUGGCCCAGAGGACAGGGGGAUGGUGCCUGGUGGGGGAUGCUCCAUCCUCAUCACCACAGGGAGGAAGGAAAGGGGUGGGAUGGGGAAUGUUUCAUCCUCACCACCUCAGGGAUGAAGGGAAGGGGGACCAGGUGACAUGUGUCCCUGUCUCCAACACUCCCAGGGGUGUUUGUUUGUGGCCCAGAUCGGGCUGGACCAGGCUUCUCUCAUCCCGGUGGAGCAUUGCCCCCUCUGUCCCUGCAGUCCUCCAUCCCAGUCCUGCUCAUCUGCAUCCGGAGCCGGCAUUCCCGGGAAAACCUCAUGGCGACUAUGAAAACAGCAAACAAAGUUUUGGAAAAAAAAAACCCUAAC